GUCCAAUUCCCCAUACCCAAAUAUGUCAAGUUUGUCAGUCUUUUUGAGUACACCAUUUUUUAGAGAAAAGAAAAGAAAACAAAAAAAAACAAACACCCUUUACUGUAGGUUUUGUUUAUAUGAAUGGAGUUCACAGAUUGAAUUUUGUUUUGUUCCUGCCUAGAAGAACUUUUAAUUCAAACUUGCUACCCUUUCACAAAAACAAACAAUAAGUAAUGAUCAUAAUUGGAGUUCGGUUUUAGAGCUUUUAUCAUUUUCUCCUUUCCCCAAUGCCACUUUUCUUUUUUCUCUGGGUUUGAUUCUGACCAUCUUUGGCGUCUGUGUCAAACCAAAUAGAUAAUGAACCUUUUUUUUUCCAUCUUUCCCAUUUCAUGUUAUGGUAAACUAAUCGGUUAUAGAAUUUGAACUGGCCAGUUACAGUAGUAAUCCUAAAUCCUAAUAAGCUUUUUGCAAACAGAAAAUAACAAAAAGAGAUUGAUUAACUGGAUCGAGACAAAGAGGGAUUGGAUUAAAGUAAUAAACUUAAGCUUCAUUGUAAAUUACACUCUGCAGCUUCUUUUGGAGCACCCCAAAACACCAAAUAAAAGCAUUAUUAUAUAUUCAAAUCUUUGGAGAUCCAGCCCAUUUCCAUAGAUUCCCAUUCAGUAAACAAUUCCUUUAUUGCAAGCUGUAUGAAAAAGAGGGAGAUAGAAAGAGGGAGAGACUUUCUCUAGUUUUGUUUUGCAGCGGAAGGGAAGUCAAUCAAGUUCCUUCCCCCUUUUUUUUUGUUCCUCUCAUAGAUGAAACAAAAGAAAGAAAAGCCCAGGUAAAGUGAUAAUCUUUUUAACCUCAUUAUCACCAAAUUAGUGCGUUUUUGGAGGGUUUGAAAGCUAGUUUCUUUCUUAUUGGCCUGCAAGUUAUGAUUUUGGUUUAUGAUGGAAAAAAGGGGUGGCAUAUGGUUAUUAUGAUAUUGACUGACUUGUGAUUAUGGAGGCCCACAAUGGGGAGAAGAAGAUGAUAUUAACAUUAGUAGUUCACAUAAUAUUAUGGAUGAAGAAAACACCAAAUUGUUUGCUCCAAAAGAAAUCAUCCCACCACUGCUUGAUACCGCAUCCCUCACCAUCAAAAUAGCAAAUUCUUGCAAGAGAAAAACUCAGGCUCAAGAUUCUUCAUUGUCACAGAGGCUGUUAUCAAAUUCACUGUCAUCAUCUCCUUAUAAUUCCCCAUCCCUCAUUUCUCCUGCAUCAUCAGCAUUUGUUUCUGCAUUGCAAUCACCUUACAUUUCCCCAAGAGCCACUAAUUUACCCUCAUCAGAAGAUCCAACUCCUGCUACUACUCUCACUCACCCUUCACCUCCAAGAUCAUACAGUGGGUCCCAGUCUGAUGACAUCCCAAGCACUUCCUACACUCCGCCUCCAGAAAGAUGUGAUUUUGGCAACAGUCAAAAUGCCACCAAUAAUAAUGCUAAACCCAAGAUUGUUACCUGUGUUCCAGCUACAGAUAACAGUAAUAAUGCUCCUAGAGUUUCAUUCUCAUUUCCUGUCCCAAGAAUUUCUUUUGCUAAAACCUCUGUAUCCCCUGCUUCUGCUUCUUCCAAUGUUAAACUGAGGAACUGUGAUGUUUACAUUGGUUUCCAUGGUCAAAAUCCCAACUUGAUUAGGUUCUGCAAGUGGCUCAAGUCAGAGCUUGAGCUUCAAGGGAUUGCUUGUUUUGUUGCUGACAGGGCAAGUUAUGCUGAGAAUCAGAGCCAUGAGAUUGCUGAUAGGGUUAUUUGCUCAGUAACAUUUGGUGUUGUGGUGCUAACUAGGCAUAGCCUUCUUAAUCAUAUGAGUUUGGAGGAAAUCAGGUUCUUUGCUCAGAAAAAGAACUUGAUCCCUCUUUUAUUUGAUAUAGAUAUUGAUGAGGCAGUGGCAGUUUUUAAUCGAAAUGCUGAUAACAAGGAAUGUAAACAAGCCUUGGAUGCACUGAUGAAAUCCCAUGAGUUUACGCUGGAAGGAUGUGAAGGCAAUUGGAGAAGCUGUGUAUCGAAUGCUGCGGGGAUUUUGAGGGCAAAGCUUGGGAGGAAAAGCGUUGUUGAGAAUGGAACAAUGGAGGGGUUUGUGUUUGAGGAUUUGUUACCAUUUUCGAGGAAUAGAUGUUUUGUGGGAAGAGAGAAAGAAGUGGCAGAAAUUGAGUCCGUGUUCUUCGGCUUUGGGGAUUAUUUUGAGGACAAUGGUGGUUUGGUGUCAACUAUUAAAGGAGGAUCAACCACACCAGGGCAACAAUCUGAUGGUCUUGCAGAUGAUGAAAGUGAGUUCGAUGGAAAUAAAUUAGGAAGGUACAUUAAUUUGGAGGUUGGAAAUUGCAAGGAGCCCAAUUUAGAGAGUUGGGUUGAACCAGUUAUAGGAAGAAAUUCAGUGAAACGGGCUUCUUCAAAGUAUAAAAAAUCAAGGAGUGGGAAGUAUUAUAAAAGUUGUGGAAACAGCAUUGUAUGCAUUAGUGGAUCACCAGGUGUUGGAAAGACAGAACUUGCUCUAGAAUUUGCUUACAGAUACUCUCAGAGAUACAAGAUGGUCUUUUGGAUUGGUGGCGAAGCUCGACAUUUCAGGCAAAAUAUAUUGAACAUAUCUGCUAACUUAGGAUUGGAUGUGAGUGCUGAUCCAGAGAAGGAAAGAGGAAGGAUCAGGAGUUUCGAUGAGCAGGAAACAGAAGCAUUUAAGAGAGUGAAAAGAGAGCUUUUUAGGGACAUGCCUUACUUAAUCAUCAUUGACAAUUUGGAAACUGAAAAGGAAUGGUGGGAAGGCAAAGAUUUACAUGAUCUAAUUCCUUCAAAUACAGGGGGCAGCCAUGUUAUAAUUACUACUCGGCUUUCGAGGGUAAUGAACUUCGACUUAAUGCAGCUUCAGCAAUUGCCCCUUUCGGAUGCCAUGGUACUAAUUAGAGGAAGAAAAAAGGAGGAAUUUUCAGCUGACGAGGUGGAGUAUCUUGGGAAAUUUGAUGAGAAAUUGAGAAGGUCAAGUUUUGGACUUAGCAUAGUUGGUUCAUUACUUUCCGAACUAUCAAUUUUGCCUUCUGCAUUGUUUGAAGCUGUGAAUCAAAUCCAUCUAGGAGAAGCUACAGCUGCAAAUUUUAGCAUUGCGGAUCAACAGUUCUGCAGAACCAAUCCUUUUCUAAUGAAAUUGCUUGAGUUUUGCGCCAUUUUCUUGCAGCAAUCAAACCUUCUUGCGUUGAGAAUGCUUCAGGUUGGGGCAUGGUUUGCUGCAGCACCUAUUUCAGCAAGCUUGUUAUCUUCUGCAGCAAAUAAUAUGCCUCCUGUCUCGCAGAACAGGUUAAAGAAGUGGAGCACUUGCUUGAAACUCACAUUUGGAUGUUGUUCAUCAGGCUGCUGUUUAGCUAACCAAGGAUGGGCUAAUGAAGAGGAGGAAUCUGCCCUUGUUUUGGUUAGAUUAGGAUUGGCCCGAAGAGUGACCUAUCGCCAGCCGGGAUGUGGGAUUCAGUUCCACCCCAUUACUCAAAUGUUUGCAAAGAGAAGUAAAGAUGCAAUCUUGGCUGCUAAAGCCACAGUUCAAGGAGUGAGGAAGUCUGGUUUUGAUGAUGCAUUGUUAUUAUCCAGUUUGUUAGACCAUUUCUGGGCCUGUGCAUUCGUUGUCUUCGGGUUCAAAUCAGAACCCCCAUUGAUCCAGCUCAAGGCAAUGGACAUGGUACUAUUCAUCAAGAGAACCGCUCUCCCGUUGGCACUCAAGGCAUUCACCACAUUCUCAAUGUGCAAUUCAGCUCUGGAAUUGCUCAAAGUGUGCACCAAUGUUCUUGAAGAAGCUGAAAAAUCAUUUGUGUCCCAGAUUCAGGACUGGUGCAACCAAGGGUCUUUAUGCUGGAAAAAGAAGCUGCAAAAGGGCAAUAAUCAAAGAGUGGAUGAAUAUGUGUGGAAAGAAGUGACAUUGCUCAAGGCAACAUUGUUGGAAACUAGAUCAAAGUUGUUGAUUAGAGGAGGGGAAUUUGAUUGCGGGGAAGACCUGUGUAGGACUUGUAUUAGUAUUAGAACAGUGAUGUUGGGGCAUAACCAUGCUCAAACCUUAGCUGCUCAGAAGACUUUGGCUAAAUUGGUUAGAAUGAGGAGUAAAAUAUGAAAACUUCAGUUUUGUUUUCUUUUUUAUUGCUAAAUCUCAUAUAAUGAAACCAUUCUUGGCUCGGCAGUUAGUUUUGUCGAUUAC